AUGCAGUACCGCUUCCUUGGCCGCUCUGGCCUGCAGGUUUCGGCCAUCUCCCUAGGUGGAUGGCUCACGUACGGCGGCCAUGUCGAUGAGGAAAACACCUUCGCCUGUAUGAAGGCCGCCUACGACAACGGCAUCAACUUCUUUGACUGCGCCGAGGGCUACGCAGGUGGCAAGUCGGAGGAGGUCAUGGGCCAGGCGAUCAAGAAGUACGGCUGGAAGCGCAACGACCUCGUCAUCUCGACCAAGCUGUACUGGGGCACCGCGUUUGGCGACAACCCCGUCAACAACAAGGGGCUUUCCCGCAAGCACAUCAUCGAGGGCAUGAAUGCCUCCCUGAAGAGACUGGACCUCGAGUAUGUCGACUUGAUUUUCGCGCACCGACCUGACCGUCAGACGCCCAUGGAGGAGACUGUGCGCGCUUUCAACCACCUCAUCGACACGGGCAAGGCCUUCUACUGGGGCACCUCGCAGUGGGACGCUGACGAGAUUGCGUCUGCGUGGCGGUACGCCGACAAGCUCGGUCUCAUUGGCCCCGUGAUGGAGCAGCCCAAGUACAACGCGCUGGACCGGGAGAAGGUCGAGCUCGAGUACGCUCACCUGUUCCGCGAGAACGGCAUGGGUCUGACCGUCUGGUCUCCCUUGGCCCAGGGUAUCCUGACCGGCAAAUACAAGGACGGCAUCCCCGACGACUCGCGGUUUGCGCAGAACCAGGUCGAGUUCAUCGCCGGCUACUGGAAGCGCACCGGCAAAUCAGACUGGGACCAGGUCGUCCAGCGCGUCAACAAGCUCCAGCCCAUCGCCGACGAGCUGGGCGUCAAGAUGAGCGCGCUCGCCCUCGCUUGGGUGCUCAAGAACCCCAAUGUUAGCACCGCCAUCACGGGCGCCAGCUCUCCCGCGCAGGUCCUUGAGAACGUCAAGGCCAUCGAGGUUAUUGACAAGCUCACCCCCGAGAUUAUGGACAAGAUUGACAAGAUUCUCGAGAACAAGCCCCCUGCUGUCACACCGCGGUUCUAG